UAUAAUUUAGAAAAACGCUGGAUGCAGUCGGGCCUUGCAAACGCCAUGCAAACGACGCUGACGUGGAAAAAAGUUUGGGAUAUUUGUAGCAAGGCACAGAUUUUUGCUCUAACUGGGCACGAUAACACCAUUUGCUCGGUGUUUACUCGACCUGUGGAUCCAAAGUUGUUACUGGCUCUCAUGACUCAACCAUCAAGUUUUGGGACCUCAGAUUCGCUUUUUCCAUAUGAACCGCAUAUAAACUGUUGCCUGGCAGGAAAAACAAUGCUUACUCUCACUCACCAUAAAAAGUUGGUGCGAGCAAUGGCACCGCAUCCUAAAGAGAAUUGUUUUACGUCUGCUUCAGCUGACAACAUUAAGAAAUUUAACCUCCCGAAAGGGGAAUUCUUACAUAACAUGCUCUCCCAACAAAAAACUAUAAUCAAUGCAAUGUGGCUAUCAAUGAGGUGGGUGUGUUGGCCACAGGAGGUGACAAUGGCAGUCUUUGGUUCUGGGAUUGGAAGAGUGAUCACAAUUUUCAGCAAGCCCAAACAAUUGUACAACCUGGCUCAUUGGAUAGUGAAGCUGGAAUCUAUGCUACAUGCUACGACUUAAUUGGUUCAAGGCUUGUUACUUGUGAGGCUGACAAGACAAUUAAAAUGUGGAAGGAAGAUGAGAAUGCCACACCAGAAACUCAUCCCGUUAAUUUUAAGCCACCUAAAGAUAUUCGAUGGUUCUAGUGGUCAUCCUACUUUUUUUCUUCGGUUGGUUAUAUUCAGUUCACGUUGAUAUGGAAAAUGUGUAGCAAAAUUAGAACUGUAAUGUGUGUACACAAUUUGCUUUAUUAAAUACACAGAACUUUCCGGGGAAUAUGUUUUUGUAAGCUUUGAUGUAACGUCAAGACCUGUAGGCAGAAAUUUGAAUAUAUUUGGUUUUUAUAGAAGUUUUCAUUGUACUAAAAUCUUUAGCUGUUGUUGUAGAGUGACUGGUGUUGCUCAAAACUAUUGAAACAUUAGCGACUUGUAGUUGUAAUUUCUCAAAUUAGUGCCAGUUUUCAUCA